GGCGGGAAGGGUGAGUACACCCUCCCCCGCCCUUAAAGUGCUACUCCCGUCAGCGCCGAAGAUUUUUGUGCACAUCCCUAUUUAAUAUGUUAUGGAGCUCUAUUUCGAAAGAACUUCUGGUUCUGAUUAUGUGCAGAAUCCCCAUGUCCUCCAAAGGAUAUUCUUUUGAGAUAGGGCUAAGUACACACUUCUGGAUAUUCCUUUAGUUUUGUGCCUCUGCACUAAAGGCAAAAAAAAAGCCGAACCUGCUCAGUGACAACCUCCCCACAUCUUGAGCGCAUUGCUGCAAAGGAAGGAAAUCCUCAGGCGUCAUUUAAACUCAAAAGUGAAACUAAGCUCCUCCUUGUUCUACACCAGGGAGAGACAGCAAUGGCAACCGGGGGUCGUGACGAGGAGCUCUGUGAUGAAAUUGUUUGCCCCAUCUGCUUGGGGUUUUCCAGAGAUCUAGUGAUUUUAGACUGUGGACACAAUAUCUGCCCAGCCUGCCUUACCUACUGCUGGGAGGAGUUUGACCGAGGCAUUCCUUGCUCAAAAUGUACAGAAACAGUUCAGCAAAGGAACUUCCAGCCAAACCGGCAAACGGCAGGUGGAAGGGUUGUCAAGAAACUUCAGGAGGAGGAAAGAGCAGAAGGGAAGAGGAGAGUCUGUGAAAAGCACCAGGAGCCCCUGAAACUCUUCUGCAAGGAUGAUCAAAUCACCAUCUGCCUAGUUUGUGAAAAAUCCAAGGAGCACAAAGAUCAUAACAUUGUUCCCGAGGAUGAGGCUGCUCAAGAAUAUCAGGAAUACAUCAAGGUGCAGCAGGAGCCCCUGGAGAAAGAGAGACAACAUCUUAUGGACAGAAAACUGGCUGAAGAGCUGAGAAGCCAGGAAUGUCUGAUGGAGCUAGAAAAGGAGCAUCAGAGGAUCAGGUCUGCCACUGGACAAAUUCACAGGUUGCUUGACAGAAUAGAAAACGUCAGGCUAGCCCAAUUAGGAGAUCUGAAGGACACUGUUGUUAAGAGGCAGCAAGAAAAUAUCAGCAGACUCACUGAAAAGAUUUCCCACUUCAAUAACCUGAUUGGAGAAAUGGAAAGGAAGUGCCAGCAGCCAGCAAGUGAAUUCCUGCAGGACAUAAUGCACACCUUAAGCAGGUAUGACAAAGACAACAUGGGUCAUGCAGUGGAGCUUUUUCCUGGGCUGGAAGAGAUACUUGAUAUUUAUUCGGAGAAAAAUUCUGCUCUUGGAGAUGCCAUGGGAAAAUUUAAAGAAUCCCUGGAAUCUCUGGAGCCAGCACUGUACAAAGAGAAUAUAACUCUGGAUCCAGACACGGCACAUCCUGAACUUAUUCUGUCAGAGGAUCUGAAGAGUACCCCAACCAAGAAAGGCGCCUCAGUUUGCAGUUUGAUUGUUUACCUCCUAAAAUGCUUACAACAAGGAUAAACAGACAGUUCCUUCCUGGUAAGUUUUAUUGAGUGGAUUUCCCUUGAACUGAAGAUGUGCUUUGUCAUGAGGCACAUGUUUAUGGCUUAGCUAUUAAGAUGUAUGGAUAUUCUUGGAUGUUGCACUGCACCAAAGACUUUAUGUUCAGAUCAAAGGAUCAAACUAACAUAAAACAGGUUAGCAACAGGCAUGGUUUCAGCAAUCACUUGCUCAACUUUCUGAUUCUGUAAGGCUAUCCAGCCAAGCAGACGUCCCACUAGAUGUAACUUGCUGGCAAAUUCCCUCUGCGUAGCAGGGAAUUGAAGUAUAGUUGUGAUCUGUACCCAGCUCCAGAAAGGGAUCUCCAGAACGCACCAUCUGCCUGUCUAGUUGCUGCUCUCCUUGCUCACAAGCUAUGUGCCUGAGCAACGCUCACUUGCUGACCAUCACUAGAACUGGUAAAGAUGCUUUCUGCAGCCUCUCCAGAUUCCUUGAUCUCCAUCCAACUCUCCUCUCCCUCCUCCUCUCUCCCAACAGCCCAGCCUGCCUGAGCUGUUAUUUCCCCUCUCCUACUCCUUCCUCCCGAAGCUUUUCACUGUGUGUCUGUCUCUUCCCUUCCCUCCCUUAGAUGGUUGAAAAUGUUAUUGGCUGCUAGCUGUAAUACUGAUCUCACAUGCAUCCAACACAUAUGAUAGCUAUCCUUCAUAUGCUUGGAUUGUCUUAGAAUAUUGCUUGCCUUAUGCUGUUAUUUUUAGUUCAAUAAAAAUUUAAGAUUGCAUAAUGUUGUGGUAUUGAUCUUAUGUCGCCAGUUUGAACUGUGAUUCCCAAACUAAGAUCAAGAAGCAGUGCAGCCAAGCUCCUUUUCAUUCAGGCGUAGCUCCUGAGCAUACAUAGAGCGCAAAAGUGACUUUGGGCACAACAGUGGACAUUGUGGAGAGUGUUCCCUCCCUAACAAAGGCCAUAUUUUCAUGGCCACACUGAUCAUGGUUAAUCCUUUGGGAUACAUCCCUCCGAGACCUUUCAUUCUGCAUCUGCUCACACAUCCUGCUCACCAGAUUUUUUUGGGGGGGCAUGAUUUUGUUGUCCUGCAGUUUCUAUUCUGGAGCCCACCAACUAUUGAUUAUGCCUAUAUUGACUACACUGAGAUCUAAUCAAUUUUAGGUUAAAUAUUUAUUCAUAGAUAACAUCUCAAAGGUGAUCCUAGUAGUGGCUGUACGUUGUACGUUGCUGUUAGUGCAAGGAAACAACUUGCAAACUGAUGUUUGACAGGAGGAUGGUUUUGUGGCUAUGGGUCGAGGGUUAUCAUGGGGUUUUUUUUACAUCUGGAAUAUAUGAUUUGUGCUGUUUGUACGGGGGUGCACAAGCCAAGGUUCAAGCACAGGUUUGGUGCCAUGGGGAGGGGAGCGGAGUAGGAGUGAGGAGAGCAGGUCCUCACCUGCUCUUUUCCACCCCAUGCAGCUUCCUGCUGGGGCGGCACACAUCUCAAGUACCCACACACACAGCACCAGCACAUAUAUGGCAUCCACACAUGCACAGGCAGCAUUUGCGUGGUCAGCAUGGUGCUUGGAACUUGGUAUCACAUGCACUGUCCCGCUCUCUUCCUUAAAGCUCCCGCUCGCCACUCCCCUCCUUGCGGCACCUAACCACCUGUGCUCGAAGCUCGGUUUGUGCACACCCUUAACUGUUUGGUAUUUUACUGCCAUUUCUGGUGCUGUAACAAUCACUGUUCUUUUUUCCCCCUUUCUGGUCUAUGGACUGCAGCAGGGGCAGAGCCACCAUUGGGCAAACGGGUUCAAAGAACCCAAGGAGAGAACUCUGGAGGGAGAGAAAGGGGGAAAUGUCCUAUCAGGCAGCUGAUGCUGCCUGAAAUGAUGAGCUGAGAGCUUGUUCGGGCUCUCGGCAGCCCAGGCCACACACCCUUGUCACGUGCAAAGGAUAUCCAUAAACUGCAGCUAGUGCAAAAUGCGGCAGCUAGGGUUCUAUCUGGAGCUGCCCGGUAUGAUCAUAUCACACCUAUCCUGAAAGAGCUGCACUGGUUACCAGUGUGUUUCUGGGUCCAAUUCAAGGUGCUGGUUUUGAUCUUUAAAGCCCUCAACAGUUUGGGCCCAGGAUACCUGAGGGACCACCUGCUCCCAAGGGUUGCUGCCCGCUUGAUGAGAUCAUCUUGAUGGGCUCUGCUCCGGGUGCAUACAAUAAGGGAGUCUCGGUUGUCGUGCACACGGGACAGGGCCUUCUCUGUUGCUGCCUCCAGACUUUGGAAUGCUCUCCCAGUGGCCACUCGCUCCUUGGACUCCAUCACAGGUUUUAGAAAGCUUGUUAAAUCUUGACUUUUUAUCCAGGUCUUUACAUGAUUGUUUUUAUUGCUGUUUCUGUGUGUCUUACCCACGUAUAGUUUUUUAUGUGUGUAUUUUAUAUAUUUCAAAUCAGAUUGGUUUCAUAUUUGUAGCUUAAUAUUUUUAAUUGUUCAUUUUUAUUGUAUGUUUUUUAACUUUUAUAAACCGCAUUGGGAUUGUUUUUAAUGAAAGGCGUAUAUAAAUUUAACAAUAAAUAAAUAAAUAAGAUGGGGUGGCAGGCAGGUAAGAAGAAGACGACGGCGGCUGUGGGCAGGAGGGCGU